AUGGCCGACGAUGAUGACGGUGUGUUUGAAAUCAACGAUUUCACAAUCAUCACACCUCUUGAGGAACUGACGGCUGGAAUUGAAAGUCUCAUCCAAUCCUGGAAUCUCGUUGGGCAUCGCACAGUUUACCCUAAUGGUUACACUUAUGAAAUUGAAAUCAGUCGCACUCACAUCUUAAAGUUUGGAGAAAAUCGCUUGAAAGUGGACCACAUGGUUCCAAGACCGAAGACCGGCUUCACCACGGAGUAUCUCGAAGAAGAAAAAAGUCUCGCCGAAAACUAUGGUCCAAUUUUCGCUGCUCAGGUUGACGUGGCAAAUUUUCAGCAAGCAUUCGAGUUGGAAGGCGAUUUCGCUAUUGAGUUCGGAUUCCGCGAAUAUCUUUUCAUCUAUCCGGUCGAAUCAAAGGAUAUCAAUACGGAAGACCAGUGCACAACGAUUCUCGGUGCUAUCAAAACAGCGAUCCACUCAAUUCGUUGUGAGCUUCCUUUUAUUGUUCGCGUUCAGUCUCCAGAGCGCAACAUCGCCAUGGGAUAUGCGACUGAUGGCAACAUUUCAUUCCAGCUCAUGUCGUUUUCGCUAAAUUCUCUCAGCAAACGUCACACCGUUCUUGCCGGACUCACCGAAAUGUUCCGAAAUAAAGCGGCGAUGAAAAGCAAGCAUGAAGAGGUGCGCAUUGCUUCUCGCUUUCAUUACUUCUUCCCAAUGAAGUAUCAAGACUGGGAACGAAUUCCAAACGUCAACAGCUUCUCAGUCACGCCCUUCGGACCGAAGAAAACUCUUCCGAUAGACGGAUUUAAUAUCGUCACCACAUGGAAGAUCUUCCGCGAAGACGUCUACGUGGAGACACUUUCGCACUGCGACUUUGAAAUCAGAUUCGCGACUAGGUGGGCGGUUUCUCUCAUUCUCGUCGAUGAGAACUACGCCAGAGGACUAAUGGAUUAUGUGCUUUCCCUCUACAUGUGCAAAGCUGGAACUCCAUUUACCGAUAUGUGUGUGAAAGAAGCGCUUGGAAAAUAUUAUAACAUCCAAGUAGUUACAAAUGCUUUGGACAAAAUGUCAUUCGUCAAUCCGAGUGAUGUUCGCAUUGGUAGCACUUCUCAUGAUGCCGAUAACAGUGGAAUUGUGGGCCCAUUGCCACCGAGCCUCAUCAGCGCUUGGAUUGGCAUUGUUUUCGGUGAGGAGAAUUCGGUUAUGAAAUUUAAUGAUGAGCUUGACUCCUACAACAUGGCUCUCAGCAUGAGAGGAGUCUACGAAAAUGGCGACGAUUAUGUGCUUUUUGUUGAGGAUUUGGAGCAAGCAUAUUUUCAAAAGAGCAUCUCUUAUAGAGUGAACUACAAACAAUUUAAAGCGGCCAAAAACCCCUCGAUAGCUUACCGAUUGGCUGUUGCAAUGACCAAUGUCAUGACAUUGAAGGAUGUCAACCCGAGAGCCGAGCCACAACUCUGGCUCGAAUUUGUUCACCGUCUUCGUGAAAAAUAUGAGAAUAAUCAAGAUAUUGACCCAACUGAUCCUAGUGGAGAAGUCGAUGUCACUAAAUGCUUCCUUGCUCAGAAGCUUCAACUUCUUCAAGCUUGUGUUGUUGCUCGUCGCAAUCGAAUGGCCCUUCUGAACAAUGCAAUUGGAGUUCAGAAUGAUGAAUUCUACGAUGCUCAGGAGGACUUCAAUGACAAGGAAGAAGAAAAAGAGGUUACUGAUGUGAUUGAGCCAAAAGGACGCCUCAAAAAGUUUGGCGGGGUUAACUUGGUGAAAAACCCGAAACAGCCAGUAUAUAUUCCGAUCACCCAGGAUCGCAGCCCAAUGACGGAAGAUAUGCUUGAAAAGCAUACCGAAUAUCUCUUCAGCUUAUCAGAGAAGGAGAGAGUCAUUGCACAACUCGAGCCGCUUCGUAGCGACAUGCAAUGCUUCAAGGCUGCCAAUCCAGGAUGCGUGCUGGAGGAUUUCGUACGCUGGCAUUCGCCAAAGGAUUAUGAUGAGAAGACUGGCAAAUUGUCGGAGAGAAUGCAAAUCCCGGAAAACACCUGGAUUCAGUGCUGGGAAGCUGCGAAGCCGAUUCCUGUCAUCAACCAAACAAGACUCUUCAACGACACCAUGCUCGCAGAGGAGGUGUUCGAGCUUUUCGAGAAUGCUACUAUUAGCAAAGUUCGCGAAUGGCUCAAGCCAAUUGUAUUCGUUUCUUCGUUUGAGCGCAUUGUUUCGUCGUUCACUAAUGACUCUGUACGCUAUGAUGCUGGAAUUGUUCAAGCCGAAAAUUUCUGUAAAAUUUUGCAGGAAGCCACGCGAUCAGGAAACAACGAGCAAUACACUCAGGUCGCCAAAUGGAUGAGUCGAAUGGAGAUCCGUUCUUGCACUUCGAUCCUUCUCAAUCAAUUGUUCGAAGACGCGGUGCUCCAAAUCCAGGAACCGCACCCGAGUGAGCAACGCGUUCGCCACGUCGUCAAUGAGCUCACCGAUGCUGCAUUCUUCAACAUGUUCGGUGAUCCGGAAAUGAAAGUUCAAAUUCCAAAGGGUGAUCUCAUUGUAAACCCACAGGACGAAAUCGGGCGUGCUCUUGCCGUUAUUGCGGGGACCGACGCGACUGGCAAAGAAAACUACAAAGGACCGGAAAGAAAAGAGUUUGUGUUGACCUGGACGGGAUCAAAUCAGACCGAAACUGGUGCUGAGGAGCCUCCUCAUCGCAUGUAUGCUACAAUUGAGAACGAGUUUUCGCAAGCAUGCCUUGACUUUGGAGAUGUGGCCAAUAUUACCUAUUACGAAAACUAA